AUGUUAAAACGAACAGUUCCAUCUGUAUUUUAUGUUACGCUUAACAAUCGUCGGUUAUUUUCGCUGACAAGCUUAUUAAAUCGACACCAAAAAAGAGAUGCUAAUGGAGAAUAUUCACCUCAAGUCAAUAAUCAGCAUCGUCAAUUCGCACAAUUUCACCCACGUUCACCUAAUUCUAAAAACCGAAUACAACGAAAUAAAGAUACAGAAGAAAAACAUUUAGACAUUAAAAAGCCUCAGUUUAAUAAAUAUACUUCUACUCGAUUCAAUUCGAAGAAAUCAUCCAAUACAAAACCUAUAGAAGAUGACGAUAAUGAUAUGUUUUCUGAAGAAAAAGAUAAUUUAACAAUACUCGGAACAGAUAAAAAAGCCUUUUCUCAAUCGUCAACAAGCUCUGUACCAAAACCAAGUACAAAUGCUAUUUCAUUAAACAAACAGACUGAAACUUUAAAUAUUCCGCUUGAAGUUCUAAUUCAACCUGAUUUACGCGAUCUAUAUACUGAUGAAGAUAUUCAUCGAUCUCUUGAUCUUUAUGUCAGUGAACUUCGUCCAACAAUGCGUCCAUUUACAUUUGAUUUAGCUUAUUUAAUAAAUGAGUCGCCAACAUUGAAGCGUUUUGUUGAAAUGGGCGUUGACGUUUACCGUUGGAAUCAACCGAAUGCGAAAGCAAAAUAUAUUUUAACACUUAAUUUCGAACGCGAUUGUGUUCAACAUCUUGUUUUUCUGAAUGAAUUAGGUAUUAAAAAUAAAUAUCUUGCUAAAUUUCUUGGUUAUAAUCCAUGGAUAUUCCAAGAAACAAUAGAAGAUUUACGCGUACGCUUAAAUUAUCUCGAAAGCAAAAAUUUUAGUGGAGAAAAUAUUAGUGAUAUUCUUAUUCGUGCACCAUUUUUGUUAAAUUUCAGCACGAAAAUGAUCGAUUCAAAGUUAAGUUGGUUCAUGAAUAAAUUUCAGCUAAAUGAAAAUCAGCUAAAUGAAUUCGUUUUACGAUCACCGAAACUUCUUACUUUACCAUUACAAGAUAUAAGUGAUACGUAUUUUAAAAUGAAUUCAUUAUUAGACUUUGAACAUGCCGAUUUGCAGAAAAUGUUUCAGCAAUAUCCAAAAAUAUUUAUCUAUGAUUAUAAAUUAAUAGAAUUAAAUUUCGAUUUUCUUUUCAAUGAAAUGAAAUUAACGCGACAACGUCUACUAGAUUAUCCACCUAUACUUAAACAAAGUUUUCAACAAUUACGCACUCGUUGUUUGUAUUUAAAAUAUUUAAGACGUCAUCAAUUCGAUCCAACAAAGCCUAAUUUUGUUUCGUUGAAAGAUCUUUGUUUAAAAACAAAUGAUCUUUUUUGUCAACAUGUCACGAAAACGCCUUUACAACAUUAUUUGAACUUUAUGAAAACAUUGUAA